CUCACCAGGCUGCACCAGUGGUCUGGACACGCAGGGGAGUGGAGGCGUGGUAUUUUAUUUGACUAAAUAACUAAACAAUCUUUAACUGUACCGUAGAACAGCGGUAACAGACGGAGAUCGAUUCCAGGCAAUCCCGAUAAAUGUAUUUUAUUACAGAUAUCUGCACUAAAAUCUAUAGAAAGCGGGUCAUCUUUCUCUAGUCCAAUGAUGAAUUCUAAACGUCUGCUUGACAUGUCCGCUGUUGGAAUACGUCUCGGGGGCGCUUCGAAACAAGCCGGUAUUGAUCAGCAUGCAGAGGGGUUCAAGGGACGCAAAAUUACUGUCGCCGCCACUGCGGACAGCGAUGUCAUUCUGGCGUGCAAGAAUGGUCCCGCAACGGGAGCAGUUUUCUACAAAUUCGUGUUGGAUGAUGGAUCUUUAAGAGAAUGUACAAGACAGGACACCGUCCUCAAUGCGAAUGACCUGUCAUCAGGGAGAGAAAAAUACCACCUGAAUAAAGCAGGUUGUGGCGGGGAGGCAGAUGAAAGAAACAGUGGUCUGACUGGGAUCCUUACUAACGGCAGUCCCACACACUCCCUGAUCCGGAAAGGGCAGAAGGCGGACAAACACAUGCACUCGGAGGCGAGGGACCCGCUGGUGCCCAGCGGUUGCCAGGCAACAAAUGGACAGCAAGUUCCACCUGAGGAGAGAGACCCUCAUCCCUCCUCCCAAAUACCUGUCCCCCGACGCAGGAAACCUUCAGGUCUUGCUGAUAAGGAGGUGAUGGCUGCUACCGUCCUGACAUCACUGUCCACCUCUCCUCUGGUCCUCACCCAUACCCAGACAGCCUCAGCUGCAGUUCCGGAGCCAGCCAGCAGAGGGUGGAAGGAGGUGCUGUCAACGAGCUACAGCAGCUCUACCAGUGGCAACUGGAGCUGGGACACCAGCGACCAAUCGGUGCCCUCCACACCGUCCCCGCCUCUCUCCAACGACACCAGCAAGAGCUUCUUGCUCUCCUCCCAGAGUGAUAAUGUCAUCGACGACGUCAAAGAGAGCACGCACUUCUUGUUUGAGGACCCCAUACCCCGGAAGCGAAAGAACUCCGUGAAGGUGAUGCUCAAGUGCUUGUGGAAGAACUGUGAAAAGGUCCUCAGCACCUCUUCAGGGAUCCAGCGACACAUCCGCACCGUCCACCUGGGGCGGAACUGUGACUCGGACUACAGUGACGGGGAGGAGGACUUCUACUACUCAGAGAUCGAGGUCAACAUGGACAGCCUAUCAGAGGGCUUGUCCAGCCUCACGCCCACCUCCCCCACCACUACUGGCCCUCCCCCCAUCUUCCCCCCUUUCUCCCAUGCCGCCUUUGUUCCCCGCUCUGAGCCCGCCCACAUCGUCAUGAGGGGACCGCAGGGUCAUGCCCCUAGUCUGCUCAGCCAAUCGGCUCCCUCCACGCUCUGCCAUAUCCGCACUGACCACGCCUACCAGGCCACUGCUCCUGUGAGUAUUCCUGUGUGUUCGGAGCAGGCUGAUGGGAAUAGGGAUGGGAUCAGUGUGUCCUGGCAGUCCCCUCCUGUCAUUUUUAAAGGCUUAACGGGGCCGUUGACUCACAUCCGCACGGUGAGCUUCGGGGAGAAGAGACAGCCAGCCCCUCACACACACACCACCAUCUGCAAGACACCUCCCUUUACUGCCCCCCUGCCCAAACCAGCACCAGGAAUCAGGAAACCCCGCGGAGAGGCCAAAAAGUGCCGGAAAGUGUAUGGCAUGGAGAAGAGGGACAUGUGGUGCACAGCCUGCCGCUGGAAAAAAGCCUGUCAGCGAUUCACUGACUGAACCCCAGUACAUCACUGGGAUGGACUCUUCCUCUGCCAGCGCUUCAAUGAGGUGUCAUCUUCCACUGAGGAGAUGUGGGGGUUUCUCCGUGAUGAAGCCCCUCAGAGCACGCACUGCUUCCUCCUGACCAGCAGGGGGCUCUCUGCUCGCUUCUCCUAGUCCUCAGACGGCUGAAUUCACAAAACACAACAACUAACUGAUGAAAAAGGCAAAAAAGAAAAAUGAAUUUGGCUUUGGAAGAAUUGUUUUUCUUUCUAAUGAUGAGACUUUUUAGGUAAUCAAAAAAAGGAAAAUAUUAUUCAAAACCUUUUUGAUUUGUUUUGUAUUUUCUAAUUUUGUCUGCCUUCACUGUAGGGGAAAGAUUUCAACUAAGCUUUUUGCUAUUGUGUACGUAUAGUUUUUUACCGGUCCGAGUAUCAUGUAAGCUGCUGUGUUUGGGUUCAUAAGAUCCUGAUACCGCUCCCUUGUCAGCCUCUUUCAAUGCAUCUCUGUUAAUGUUUUAUAUCUAAAAUCUCACUUCGGGGCUUUUAUUCCAAUGGAUCGUUUUCAAAUUUCAACUGUCACUCUUUUGAAAAGGGCAGUAAGUCUACCAAAGGAAAAACUGAUCAGAAUAUCGCUGAGAAUUUAGAUGCUGCUUGUUAAGAUGAUGUUCAUAUCCAAGUGUUAUGGAAUAACACAUCACAUGCUCUUAUAGGAAUUCAACUCAGAAACUCUAAUCAUGUUGUUUGGGAAGUAAAUCAUCCGUAGCUACUCAUCAUAAGAUUCUUGCUUUUUUGCAUAGAUAUGAAACACACACUCUUCCAUCUGAUUGCACCAAAUGUUACAUUUUGAAUGUACAGUUUAUAAAGAUAUCUAUUUCCCUUUCUUCCUUUCCUCUGAUAUGCAUCUUUCAGAAACAACACAUCUUUCAACAGAUCACUGUAAACUUUGUAACUAAAGUGUUUCCUCUCAUUUCUUACAUGUGUUUUCAGCGAUCAGUUGCCAAGGCAACUAGUAGUUGCAAAGUGUAAUCGCCAGGGUUCGGAAAAUCUCUUGAAAAUCGCUUUGAUUAAUCAGCUCUAUUGUUGAUAACCGUUAUCGUCGACAACAUUAAGCUCUGCUGUAACGCUGCUGGCUACUCAGUGUUCAUUUUCUGGCUAUCAUCAUGGACAUAGAAUACUCAUUCUCUGUGGGUACUGUACCAUAGUCAGUCCUACUCAACCCUCACUCCCAGUUACAGCUCUUAACUGGUAUCUGAUGGCGUUGAAAUCAAGAUGUUUGUCUCCAAGGGAUUGUUUACUUCCCUUGUACCUGGAUUCCUGAUCAGACAUGAGAGCAGAUGUAUAUUUUUAAACAGAUGUAUUUUUCUACUCUAGCUACUGUUUUGAUUGUUGCCAGCUCUUUGAAUGUAGUCUCUGCAGGCUCUCUCUUUCUGCUCCCAACACUGACUACUAGCCAUUACACAAGUUACAACAGCACACACACACACACACACACACACACACACACACACACAGGACUCUAAAUGAACUGGUGCUCCCAGUUUUUAAAAGUUAGGAGCACCACAUAAACUGUAUGAGCACCAGAUUAUAUUGUUUAAUUGAGAUGCAGCCUAUAUUAAUUCUCCUUUUGAAGUUGCGGUCCUGUCGAUAGGCUAUAGAAAGAAUAACAGUAAUAUGGGUCAGAUCAUUUUAACUGGGGUAGAAACAAGAUAUUUUUGCUGUAGUAAUGGUUCAACCAUGAUGCUAACUUUUUUUUCUCUAAGGGACUCUGAAUCAACAGUACUGCGAAGCCUAAUCAUUACAACAAUUAUUAUUUGGGAUACUUUGUUUUUUAUAGGAGCACAGUACCCAAUGCACGCAUGUGCACAUCCUGUAGUGCCACCUGGCCUCUUACCUCAGCUCACCUUGAACUUGUUUCGAUGACAACGGCCACAGUCAGUGGCAGUGUUCGACAGCAUCAAAACUACUGCAGGCAACUGCCUGCCAACUGACUGAUCUACAAAUCACCUUCCAUCAUAAAUAUCGACUCAUUCUUAUUUAUAGAUCAGUCAGUCACAAUUUACCCAUGAAAUAUAUUGCGUCUUUUAUCCUAUCGAACACAGCCUAUGACUUUCCAGUCGUUGGCUGUCUUACACAUCUGUUGUCAUGUUGACACAUGCGCUCUCAGCUGUCACAUAUUCUCAUUGACAUGACAUCAGUAGCCAUUCUAAGACAGCUGGCCGUGACUGUUAUAUCUUGUUGUUUUUUGGGUACAACAAACAAGCAAUCGAACCAACGGGAUUCCUUUUGGGGCUCUAUUCAUCCAUAUCCCUGAAUCCGUACAGAUUGCGUACUGGUAAUUUCCGAUUGAGCCGACAUAUGCAGAGUUUAUGAGUGAAUGUUAACAGGGAAUGUUGCCUUUACAUUUACAUUCCACUGUCACGCUGAACUUUAAGAGAGCCAUGCCAUGUCAGUCUUUUCCUUGAUAACCAUUACCAACAAAUAUGGUCAUGCUUGCUGGCUAGUAACCUUGCUGUCAGGCAUUCUGUCUGAGAGAGAGAAGCUGUGUCUUACAGUACCUCACUGGUCAGAGUGGAGAGUAGGCUGGUAAUUAAUGGUCAGAAACUUCACAAGUGCCAAUGAAAAUAACAUUACGAGGACAAAUGAUGUACCUAAAGAAAUUGCACUAACUUGCACUGCACAAAGAAAAACAUUUAUACAUGGACAUUUUAUAUACACAGAUUUUGAAGUGAAGUUUAAUUUGAGGUUUUAUUUUGGGUCGUCACUGCUUUAGUGUUAAAAUGGGGUUUCAGGGAUGGGGCUUCUACACCUCUUGGGUCCCCCCAUAAGAACGUUCUGAACCUGUAUGUCUAGUUCUCUCUGUGUGUGGUGUACACAGCCCAAUGGGGCCCACAAUGUUGUCUGGAAUAGAGUGGUACUGGAUGCAGCCUUGGGAAAAAGGCUUCCAAAAGGGUUCUUCGGCUGUCCCCAUAGGAGAACCCUAUUGGGUUCCAGGUAGAACACUUUUUGUUUUCUAGUAGAACCCUUUUGAGUUCCAUGUAGAAGUCUGUGUGGAAAUGGUUUUACCUGGAACCAAAAGGGCUCUCCAUGGAACCAAUAAGGGUUCUUUAAAGGAUUAUCCAAUGGGAACAGACGAAGAACCAUUUGGUUAUAGAUAGCACCUUUUAAGAGUGUAGUACAGCACGGUACUUUGUGAGUAAGGGUUUCCCCUCAACCUUGUUAUUGUGUCACCAAGAUGACCCCUGAAGUCACAUCUCAGGCAGUCUGCCCUAACUUGGUAUGGGGGGAAACUGGUCCAGCAUUAUCCAUCAGUCAUUCAAUGGUUGCUUGUUGUCGUCUUCGGAACAGAUCGUUUCAAGGACAUGGGGUUUCCUACACAGCCUACUCAUAUACUGCUUCCAGAAACAUUGGGUUUAGUCUUGGCAAGUGGCUUUUUCACAUUUUAUUCCAGAUGAGAGAAGAGGUUUUAUUUCCGGACUCCUAUUUUGGACUCCUGUCUGAUUGUGAUUUGAUUUUAAGUGAGCACUUAAACACACCCGCUCAGCUCUCUCUGUCCAUCCCCCAGCCAAAGCACCUGACACUUCUCCACCAAUUGACUGGCAGCAGAUUGGCCAGUCAUACUUUUGAUUUGCACCAGAGCAAUCAAGUCCAUUGUUCUCAAUUUCAGUCACCCUAUCCCCGCCACAAACCUGCAUGUCAUUUUUUAUUGCACUAAAUUGGCCUUAUGGGUCACUGGCCAGGGCUAAUGCAAAGGGAACACUCUUUAUUUAAUUGUUACCUGCCAGCAGCAUCCACUGCUGGCUUUCCUCUGAAGCUAAGCAGGGUUGGUCCCUGGAUGGGAGACCAGAUGAUUCUGGAAGUGGUGUUGGAGGUUCAGUAGGAAGCACUCUUUCCUCUGAAGCUAAGCAGGGUUGGUCCCUGGAUGGGAGACCAGAUGCUUCUGGAAGUGGUGUUGGAGGUUCAGUAGGAAGCACUCUUUCCUCUGAAGCUAAGCAGGGUUGGUCCCUGGAUGGGAGACCAGAUGCUUCUGUAAGUGGUGUUGGAGGUUCAGUAGGAAGCACUCUUUCCUCUGAAGCUAAGCAGGGUUGGUCCCUGGAUGGGAGACCAGAUGCUUCUGUAAGUGGUGUUGGAGGUUCAGUAGGAAGCACUCUUUCCUCUGAAGCUAAGCAGGGUUGGUCCCUGGAUGGGAGACCAGAUGCUUCUGGAAGUGGUGUUGGAGGUUCAGUAGGAAGCACUCUUUCCUCUGAAGCUAAGCAGGGUUGGUCCCUGGAUGGGAGACCAGAUGCUUCUGGAAGUGGUGUUGGAGGUUCAGUAGGAAGCACUCUUUCCUCUGAAGCUAAGCAGGGUUGGUCCCAGGAUGGGAGACCAGAUGCUUCUGGAAGUGGUGUUGGAGGUCCAGUAGGAGGCACUCUUUCCUCUGGUCUAAAAAAAAAUAUAUGUAACCUAGGGCAGUGAUUGAGGACAUUGCCCUGUGUAGAGUGCUGUCUUUCAGAUGGGAUGUUAAAUGGGUGUACUGAUUCUCUGUGGUCACUAAAGAUCCCAUGUCACUUAUUGUAAGAGUAUGUUAACCCUGGUGUCCUAGCUAAAUUUCCAAUCUGGCCCUCAUACCAUUAUGGCCACCUAAUCAUCCCCAGCUUCCAAUUGGCUCAUUCAUCCCGGUGUAACUAUUCCCUAGGUUGUUGCUGUAAAUGAGAACGUGUUUAGGGGACCUGAGGCUUUGGAAGGCUUUGAUUUGGUGUGUUUGGAGAACUGGGGCUUUAUGAUCGGUGUUGAAAGAGGAAGUGGGACAAGCAGUGACGAUUAUUAGAUAUGGAUUUGUAGUUUCAGGGCAUAUGCACCGUAAAGAGAACCGUGGUGCUAUUUUCAUGUUGUUUUCUUUGUUGUAUUUCUGUUAUAUAAAAAGGAAACUUUCUCAAGUCGAUUUGCUCAGAAUAUUUUUUUCCUUCCUGUUUUUUAAAGGGCAAUUGAGAAGCUAUAUUGAAUAUAACAUGUACAUACUUCUAUAUUGCAGUUUAGGGGAAAAGGGGAGAAAAAACGUUGAAGAAUUUGAAAUGUACAAAAAGAAAAGCUUGUUUUCUUUCUUGUAACGCUGGCUAGUUUCUACUGCCUGUAGAGAACUGUUAGUGCGCUCUGUCUUCAGUAUCGCAAAACAUUUAACAUACACACUAACAGUUGGACCUAUCAUGUGUGUAUCAUAUCUAUACCACAACCAUGCAGUAUUGCUUCACCUUCUUACAUUGUGCAAUGAUGUGCUUUAAUUGGAACAAGAACUAACUUGGCCUUUUGAUGACCUUUCUUUGAGCCACCUGUGUGGGAUCUAUUACGAAUGCAUUCAUUGGCAUGUCGGCGUUUAUUUGGGCAGUUAUAAUGAGUCCUUGGCCAUUAUGAAUGCUUAUAGUGGUCCAUAUACUGCACUCUUCCCACUUAGUGUAAAGCAUAUAAUGAAUAUGUUUAUGAAGGCGUAAUGCAUUUGUUAAGGUGGUCAUAAGGGACCAUGAGCUGUUGUGAAUGCUUAUGACAAGUCUUAUAAUACACUAUGGAGUGAUUGACUGUGCUAUAUUUGCAGUCAUAAUGAUUUGUACACGAUUCCUAAAAUCUGCUACCUACCUUUUCUGUCUCCCUUCCUGCCAAAUAUGGAUUUAUCAGAAUACGUGUUGUUGUUAUUAUCUUUUGAGGUAAUGUUGUAUGUAAUGAGGAAGUGUGUUAUCCAGAGAAAUAGAAUUCUAGUUUCAUGGUUUUACCUUUGGCGAUUCUGUUUCCUGUCCUGCACAUUCCAACAGGCCGCUUGCCUUGGUGUCUGUCUGUUCCGUACCUGUACAUUUCCCUGUCAUUACUUCAGUGACUUUCUCUCCAUCUCCUCCUCUAUUUCUCUCCAUUAUGUACCUUUCUCUUUCAAAAUGUACUGUAGUCCCAAGUCAUUACCCAGUAUAUUAAGCUAACCAAGCCCUUGAAAUAUGUUCUGUGAUUCUAUUCUUUGUUUUCUUUUUGAAUGUCGAUGUUGUCGAGUCCAGCCCAACAGCUCAGCAACAGCAAAGCCAAUGGAUCUCCAUCCAAAUGUAAUUCAUCGUCAUGGCAGCUCCGCUCAACUCUGUGCUUCUUCUUCUACCGUACUCGUAAUCGACAUACCUAUUUGAUCUGUUUGUCUUUCUGUCACUAUAUUACCUGUUUUUACCUGUCUUUGAUCUGUUUGUCUUUGUCACUGUUUUACCUGUCUUUGAUCUGUUUAUCUUUCUGUCACUGUUUUACCUGUCUUUGAUCUGUUUGUCUUUCUGUCACUGUUUUACCUGUCUUUGAUCUGUUUGUCUUUGUCGCUGUUUUACCUGUCUUUGAUCUGUUUGUCUUUGUCACUGUUUUACCUGUCUUUGAUCUGUUUGUCUUUGUCACUGUUUUACCUGUCUUUGAUCUGUUUGUCUUUGUCACUGUUUUACCUGUUUUAUCUGUAUUUGAUCUGUUUGUCUUUGUCUCUGUUUUACCUGUCUUUGAUCUGUUUGUCAUUGUCGCUGUUUUACCUGUCUUUGAUCUGUUUGUCUUUGUCACUGUUUUACCUGUCUUUGUCACUGUUUUACCUGUUUUAUCUUUCUUUGAUCUGUUUGUCUUUCUGUCACUGUUUUACCUGUCUUUGAUCUGUUUGUCUUUGUCGCUGUUUUACCUGUCUUUGUCACUGUCUUACCUGUUUUAUCUGUCUUUGAUCUGUUUGUCUUUGUCACUGUUUUACCUGUCUUUGAUCUGUUUGUCUUUGUCGCUGUUUUACCUGUCUUUGAUCUGUUUGUCUUUGUCACUGUUUUACCUGUCUUUGAUCUGUUUGUCUUUGUCACUGUUUUUACCUGUCUUUGAUCUGUUUGUCUUUGUCACUGUUUUACCUGUUUUAUCUGUAUUUGAUCUGUUUGUCUUUCUGUCACUGUUUUACCGGUCUUUGAUCUGUUUGUCUUUGUCACUGUUUUACAUGUUUUACCUGUCUUUGAUCUGUUUAUCUUUCUGUCACUGUUUUACCUGUUUUACCUGUCUUUGAUCUGUUUGUCUUUGUCACUGUUUUACCUGUCUUUGAUCUGUUUGUCUUUGUCACUGUUUUACCUGUUUUACCUGUCUUUGAUCUGUUUGUCUUUCUGUCACUGUUUUACCUGUCUUUGAUCUGUUUAUCUUUCUGUCACUGUUUUACCUGUUUUACCUGUCUUUGAUCUGUUUGUCUUUGUCGCUGUUUUACCUGUCUUUGAUCUGUUUGUCUUUGUCACUGUUUUACCUGUUUUACCUGUCUUUGAUCUGUUUGUCUUUCUGUCACUGUUUUACCUGUCUUUGAUCUGUUUGUCUUUCUGUCACUGUUUUACCUGUUUUACCUGUCUUUGAUCUGUUUGUCUUUGUCGCUGUUUUACCUGUCUUUGAUCUGUUUGUCUUUCUGUCACUGUUUUACCUGUCUUUGAUCUGUUUGUCUUUCUGUCACUGUUUUACCUUUUUACCUGUCUUUGAUCUGUUUGUCUUUCUGUCACUGUAUUACCGGUCUUUGAUCUGUUUGUCUUUGUCACUGUUUUACAUGUUUUACCUGUCUUUGAUCUGUUUAUCUUUCUGUCACUGUUUUACCUGUUUUACCUGUCUUUGAUCUGUUUGUCUUUGUCACUGUUUUACCUGUCUUUGUCACUGUUUUACCUGUUUUAUCUUUCUUUGAUCUGUUUGUCUUUCUGUCACUGUUUUACCUGCCUUUGAUCUGUUUGUCUUUGUCACUGUUUUACGUGUUUUACCUGUCUUUGAUCUGUUUAUCUUUCUGUCACUGUUUUACCUGUUUUACCUGUCUUUGAUCUGUUUGUCUUUGUCGCUGUUUUACCUGUCUUUGUCACUGUCUUACCUGUUUUAUCUGUCUUUGAUCUGUUUGUCUUUGUCACUGUUUUACCUGUCUUUGAUCUGUUUGUCUUUGUCGCUGUUUUACCUGUCUUUGAUCUGUUUGUCUUUGUCACUGUUUUACCUGUCUUUGAUCUGUUUGUCUUUGUCACUGUUUUACCUGUCAUUGAUCUGUUUAUCUUUCUCACUGUUUUACCUGUUUUAUCUGUAUUUGAUCUGUUUGUCUUUGACGCUGUUUUACCUGUCUUUGAUCUGUUUGUCUUUGUCACUGUUUUACCUGUUUUACCUGUCUUUGAUCUGUUUGUCUUUGUCGCUGUUUUUACCUGUCUUUGAUCUGUUUGUCUUUGUCACUGUUUUACCUGUUUUAUCUGUAUUUGAUCUGUUUGUCUUUCUGUCACUGUUUUACCGGUCUUUGAUCUGUUUGUCUUUGUCACUGUUUUACAUGUUUUACCUGUCUUUGAUCUGUUUAUCUUUCUGUCACUGUUUUACCUGUUUUACCUGUCUUUGAUCUGUUUGUCUUUGUCGCUGUUUUACCUGUCUUUGAUCUGUUUGUCUUUGUCACUGUUUUACCUGUUUUACCUGUCUUUGAUCUGUUUGUCUUUCUGUCACUGUUUUACCUGUCUUUGAUCUGUUUGUCUUUCUGUCACUGUUUUACCUGUCUUUGAUCUGUUUGUCUUUGUCGCUGUUUUACCUGUCUUUGAUCUGUUUGUCUUUGUCACUGUUUUACCUGUCUUUGAUCUGUUUGUCUUUCUGUCACUGUUUUACCUGUCUUUGAUCUGUUUGUCUUUCUGUCACUGUUUUACCUUUUUACCUGUCUUUGAUCUGUUUGUCUUUGUCACUGUUUUACCUGUCUUUGUCACUGUUUUACCUGUUUACCUGUCUUUGAUCUGUUUGUCUUUGUCACUGUUUUACCUGUCUUACAUAUGUUUGUCUUUCUCUGUCACUGUUUUACCUGUCUUUGAUCUGUUUGUCUUUCUGUCACUGUUUUACCUUUUUUACCUGUCUUUGAUCUGUUUGUCUUUGUCACUGUUUUACCUGUCUUUGUCACUGUUUUACCUGUUUACCUGUCUUUGAUCUGUUUGUCUUUCUGUCACUGUUUUACCUGUUUACCUGUCUUUGAUCUGUUUGUCUUUGUCACUGUUUUACCUGUCUUUGUCACUGUUUUACCUGUUUACCUGUCUUUGAUCUGUUUGUCUUUGUCACUGUUUUACCUGUCUUACAUCUGUUUGUCUUUAUUUUUGAACUGUCUACAUGUUUUUCUCCUGCUGUGCCAUGUCUUUACCGAGCCUUAUUGUUGGCUGCAGUGAAACUGACCUUAUUUGUGUUUCUUUAUUAUCUUGGUCGUGUUAAUUGAUUGAUUGGUGUUCUCUCAUUAUGUGUAGAAGAGGGGUUUGUUUGAUUGCUUAUGUCUGUCUGUGACAUCAAGUGGAUGGAUGACUUGAUGUCAUGAUGAAGAUGAUGUUGAAAAUAAGGCAGGUGAUGUAAAUGUGAUAGAGAGAAAAUAAACACAAAUGGAAUGGAA